AUGAUGUCUUACUCCCCAAAUCACAUCCCUUCACAUGAAACCAAUUAUUCCAAACGUGAUAGACGCGUAAAAUUUGUAGAAACGUUUAAUCUAUGUUAUUGUGCCCAUGAUACUAGCCAUAUAAAAGAAAAUGCAAAUAAAUCAAGUAUAAAAAAUAUAGGUAGUGAUCUAAUACACAAUCUAUGUUACAAUGUAGGUAAUAUAGAAAGCAAAGAUGACAAUAAUUUUAAAAGAGAAAUAGAACAGUUUCAAAAUUUUCUUUAUUAUUCAGAUAAUAAAUAUUCUUUUUUAAGUAAAAAAGAACCUUAUGAACAUGACUAUAUACUUGAUAGUGUUGUUAAAGACAAUUUUUAUGAAAAACGCGAAUAUGAUACUUUUUCAAAUUUUUGUACUAUCCCGAAGCAUAGUAAAAUUUGCCAACUAUUAAAUAAUAAAAAAAUAGAAAGGGAAAACUUUUCCAGACAACGUGAAAAAGUACGUAUAAAAAAUACCCUUUUGAAAAAUGAGCUUGAAAAUAAUCUUUGCUCAUUUAAUAAACACUUACUCAAGUAUUGUACCUAUCAAAGUGAUUCCAAAGUUAAACAACAAAAAAAAAAUAAGAACAGUUCUUCGCAAUCUAUUAAGAAAAUAUUAUGUAAAUACUUUAAUAUAUAUAGUGAAAAUUUAAAAAAAAAAAAAAAAAAAAAAAAAAAUGUAUAUGUUUUAACUAGGAAAAAUUUUAUAAAUGCCACAUGCCCUAAAGAUGGUAGCAAACAAAAUUUGCAUCACCCGGAGGAUAGUAAAAUAGAUUUGUUCCUAAACAGUUGUAACAAAAUAUCAAGCGAUGAAAAAAGAAAAAUUUUAAAAAACUUAAAUUUGAAUUAUGCAAAGAAUGAACGAAAAAGAAAUGUAAGUGCCCCAUUCAUUUCUAAUAAUUUGAAAAGAUGUGAAAAAAUAUGCCCCUUUGAUAAAGAGGUAACAAUUUGCGCAAGGGAAAAUGCAGAAAAUAAUGGUACCAAAAAGGAAGGAGCGGGAUGUAGGUUAAAUAAUGUACUACAUAAUAAAAAUAUAAACAUUUUAUCUUAUGAUGAUAUAGACUUAUAUAGAAUAAAAAGAAAAAUUAAACAAGGCUAUAUAUAUUUAAAUAAUGAAGGACUCAUGCACAAUUAUAGUGACAAUAUCACCCCUUAUACAAAAUAUGUAAAAGAUAGAAAACUAGUGCAAAAAAAAUUUACCUUUAAUAGGGAAAAAACUAUAGUAAAGAGGGAUUAUAAUAAGAAACAUAUAUUUCACAGAAUAAAUAACAAAAAAGCGAGUGAUGUGGGUACCCCCACAUGUUCACUGCUAUAUAGUUUUCCAAAUGAGAGCAACUUACAAGUUACUUUAUGUUCUAAAAAUAUUAAUAAUAAUAAUAAUAUUAGUAAUAAUAAUAAUAUUAGUAAUAAUAAUAAUAUUAUAAUAAUAAUAAUAUAUAAUAAUAAUAAUAUUAGUAAUAAUAAUAAUAUUAGUAAUAAUAAUAAUAUUAGUAAUAAUAAUAAUAUUAGUAAUAAUAAUAAUAUUAGUAAUAAUAAUAAUAUUAGUAAUAAUAAGAAUAAUUCUGUAGAUGAAACGAUGGAAAAUUUUAACAAUAAAAAAAAAUUAAGCAAGCUUUUUUGUCCUACACAUAAUGUACUCAUACGAAAUAUAAGACAUGAUAUUAAAAAAAAUAAAAAAUAUCCCUCAAUUUGUAGCUUAAAUAACUCGCAGGAACAUCAACACAAUGUGAAAAAUGAACAAUUCGACAUAUAUAGGCAAUAUAUAAAUUCUCAAAAUUUAUUAUAUGUAUACGAUAAACUAAUACAUAAUAAAAACACAGGUGCUACAGCAAAACAGCGUAAUAAUAGAGCAAAGAGGGUAAUUAAAAAAAGCAAUCUCUACAGUGAUAAUGAGAUGAACAAAUUAUAUCAAAGCAAUAACGUAAGUAGACGUAAUAUUGCAUUUGGAAAAAGUAUAAUUCGUUCCCAUUCUUUUCAUAACUUCAAAAAUUGCGAUAAAAGGAAAGACAUGACGAGAAGCACCUUUAAAAAGGAUACGCAGGAUAGUGAUAUUUUCUGUAGUGACUACUGCACUAAUGGAAUUAGCCCUGACGAUAUAAACCCUAACAACAUUCGAUCUAAUGAUAUGACCACCAAACGCACUCACCCUAAUGUUACCUGUGCUACUAACAGUGCAGAUUUUGCCAAAGGGAUGAAUUUAAAAACUUAUAUCAAUGAUGAUAUAAAGGAACAUAGAUCUACAAGAGUAAAAAAAAGAGUGUUAAAUAACGAAAUUGAAGAUUAUGUUUCUACAAAUAGUAGUAAUAUUAUUAAUUAUAUUAUUCCCCUAAAAAAAAUAAAAUAUAAUAUAAACAGAGUUCAAAAAAAGCAUAAAUGUAACCAUCUACAUAAUGAGAGGAAUAUAAUUAAAAGAAUAUGCUACAAUGUAACAGACGAUAAAAGAUUUUCCUAUAGUGACAGUGAAAUAAGACAAGUUGACGUUAGAAAAAGUUAUGGGGUAAUAAAUGAGAAUAACAGGAGACAAGAGGCGAAUUACUCAUUAGAAGCAGUUAAUACUUAUCCAAAUAAUUGCUCAUGGAAAAAAAAAGAGUAUGAAAAGGAUAUAAAUUUCUGUAUACAUUUCAAUAAGAUAAAUUCUGAAGAAUUCAGAAUAUCUAAUGUGAACAAUUUUAAUGUCACCACCUGUAGUACUACGUGUACUAGUAGCUGUAAAUCUAAAAUGAGUCAGAAACAUGAUAACAAUUAUUGCAAUGAUAAAGAAAAUGGGAUAGAAGCAAACGAAUUGAAGAAGAUAAAAGAUGUAAUAAAUAGUACCAAUAGGAAUAAUUCUGGCAUAAAAAACAAUAAGAAUAAGAACGGUCCUUAUUCUAUAUUCAGCAUCGUGGAAUAUAGAACAAAUACCAAAAAUAAAGAGCUUGAAAAAGUACACCCAUUAAGUACAUGUCAAGAAUGCAGAAAUAUUUAUUUAGAAAAUGUAUAUGAGGAGGAUAAUAAUUAUAAGAAAAUGCAUAAUAGUUUUUCAAACAAUAAUGAAAAUAUAUAUCUUGAUAUUACAGAUUCUACCAAAAAAGGCGACAGCUGCAAGUGUAUUUAUUAUUCUAUGAUAAGUGGUGAUAAAAUUUUAAGAGGAAUAAAAGUAGAUAAUAAGGGGAGAGACGAAAAUGAAAGAGAACAUAAAUAUGAAUAUAACAAUGCAGAUAAUAAUGAGAGCCAAAAUGACGAAACAAAUAAGACUAAUAAGGAGAGCAGUAACCAGAGCAAUAGUUACGGCAAAUAUAAAAAUUACAUAUGUGAAGAAAUUUUAGCGCACAAUGGAGAUGCUACCGAACACGAAAUGACUGUGCAACCGACUAAUUCGCACUCGAAAAGCAAUUACAAGUAUCCCUUAUCAUUUGCGCAUGUUUUGAAAGAUAAUAAGGUCAGCGAAUCGGUUAGAUGUAGCUAUGCCGAAAUUGAAAAUGCAGAUAAUAAAAGUUGGGUGCAUAAAGCAAUAAAUUUAAGAAGUAACCGAUUUAAUGAAGUAAAAUAUUCAUAUACAGAAAUGGAAAGAAGAACAAGAAAUGAAAUUUUAAUAAAUGUGCAAGCUUCCAGUAGGUGCAAAAAAGAACUACCCCUAAAACCGAACGUGUAUUGGUGUAAAAAUAGGUCCUUUUUUGAAAGGAAAUAUAUAAAAAGGGAAAUAAAGGAUAAAAAGGUUAGAAGUUGCUAUAGGGAGUUUUUCAGGGGAAAAAAUAAAGAUAAAGACAUGCAUAAAAACAAACAUGACGAUAACUCAAAAUGUGCAAAAUGUGCGAAGUGUUGUAAUGAAGCUAUUGAAACGUUGCAACAUCUCAAUUAUAACAAAGAUAAUCAUACGAAUACGUCAACGAAUAAAACCUCGAAAUUGAUAGAAACAUAUAAAAAAAUUAACAACGAUUAUGAAAUAAAAAAUGAUAUUAUCGAACAUUCUGAGAAAUGGGAACAUUUGGAACUUCAGGGGAAGAGAUACACAAUAUUACUACAAGAAGAAGUAAGUGAAAGAAAACGAGAACGAGAAAGAGAAGGGGAAAAUUAUGCUAUACUUGACAAAAAAAGGCUGUUAACACGAAAUAUAAGUAGCAAAGAAAGCAACUCACAUUUGAGCCAUAAACAAGGAAAAAUAAGGAGCUAUUACAUUGUCAAAGAUAUUGAGGGUGAACUAAAAAAAACACCAUCUAAUGCAGUCAUAUAUACAAAUGAUAUUUAUAAAAAGAGUAAAGAAAAUAUAACACCUUUCAAAAAUUUCGAAAUUUUCGAACAUUUCGGAAAAAUGAGGAGAAGAUGUUACACAACCGCCCUCUUAAAUGAUAAUAAUACUACAGAAAAAAAAUAUUCAAAAAACGCAAAGAGAGGAAAAAAUAUGUCUAAUAAUAUAGACUAUUUAAUUAGUACAAAUGAAUUCAAAAAUAUUAUGAACAAAAACUAUCACUUCCCCGAUAUUGUCCCUAACAGUAAGCAUCCCGCUAAUCUUUGUCCUAGUAACAAAAUUUGUUGUAGUAAAGUAGGUUCAGAUUCUAAAUGCCAUAUUGCAAAAAGCAAUAUAUCUGUUGAUUUUAAUGUACUAAAUAAUUCUUCCCUAAAAAACAGCAAACAAUUUGAGCAAGACAUAUGUAUUGGUACAAAACACAAUAAUACAGCACAUAUAGAUACGUUCGAUAUAUUAAGAAAAAAAUUCAUAUAUGAAAGAUUGAAAAAUGGUGUCAAGGAAGGUUUUUUUAAUUCUAUCCAUUCGGAAGGUACGAAUGUAGUGAAUCUUUUUAAUGCAACUAAAAAGGAGACCCAAAAUGGGGACCUAAAUGAGGCCCCAAAUGAGAUCCAGAAUACGUGUAACGAGGAAAAUCCAAGUGCAUCUUACAUGGAAGGAAUGAUAAAUAAAAAAAAAAAAGAUGCAAAUAUAUAUAAUAAGAAAAAUGUUGAAAAGGCACAAUAUAUAACUCACUCAUUAAAUGGUAUUUACUGUUCUAAUUGGAGAGACAAAAACGGAAGCCUAUUUGAAGAUGUAGGUCGUCAAAAUAAUAGUAGUAAUGAUAGUAGUGGUGAUAUAAAUGGGGGAAAUGACUGGGAUCAAACGUAUGCAAACUAUCGAAAUGACAAUGUAAAGGAAAAUUAUACAAAUGGGAAUUGCUGGUUCCAUAAGAGCAUAAAAUAUAGCCCUCGAAUUACUGCUUCUUGUAGCGGUCCAAACAACAACCUUGCAAAUAAGUAUAACACAAACAACAAUGACAACUCUAAUGACAAUUUUAAUAACAUAAUAUAUUUAAAUAAUGGUAUAAAUAUAAUUAAUAAUAUAAGAAAUAUGAAUAACACCAUAGAAAAUGUAGAUAUAGUGAAUUUCCCUUACAGCUGCAUGCAUAAAAAAGAAAAUAUGUGCAACAGAGAUAGUGUUCAUGUCCUAAAUAACAAGGAAUAUAAAUUACAGUACAACACUUCAAGUGAACAAGUUGAUAUGAAUAAAGCACAUUAUAAAAAAACUAAUGAAAAGUUGACAAAUACCAGAAAAGUAGGUAAUAUGAACACCUAUAAACUAAACCUAUUAAAUAAUGAACUAAACAUGAACGAGGUAUUUACUCGAGUAUCAGAUCGUGAGUGUAAAGAAGUGAGAGACAAAAUAUUGUACGAGAAAUGCAUAGAUUUACAACGUGUAGAUGAAAAAACAAAUAGCGGAAGAAUUGAACUGGCCCAUUUUAGUAGCAGCGCUGAACUGGCCCAUUUUCGUAGCAGCACUAAACCAGCCAAUACCAGUAACAGUGUCAAACCAUUGAAUGGGCAAUAUGUCAUUGUUAAUGAGAAAAAUAAUAUAUCGAUUAGAAAAAAAAGCGAGUGCCAUAACGAAGUAAGCAGUUCUUCCUCAGUUCAAAAGGUAUUAGAUAAUGUGUACAUAAGGAAUAAUAAUACGCAUGCAUGUAGUAGCAGCAUUAGUAAAAAAUAUGACAGCAAUAGUAAUGAAUCUUUUUCUAGUUGCUUUGAUGAUAAAAUAAAUAGUUCAACAAAUUCAGACAAGCGUUGUAGCACUAUUUCAAAAUCGGACACUACAAAUAACGUAACGCACCAUAACGAGGUAUUAGAAUAUGGAAAAGGAGAAAAAAAAGAAUAUCUAAAUUUUGUAAAUUCUCAAAACGGGAAUAGUACCAGUUGCAACAUCAUCAGAAGCCGAAGAAGCAACUCUUGCAAUGGGCACUUUAAACCUGAGGAUCAAGUAUUAAAAGAAAGAAACUGUUUACAAAAUGACCAUUUACGUAAUGGUACAAGUGAGAAGGACUCAAAUAUGACAUUAUACAAAUUCAUUAACAAAAGAGAUAUUCCUACUGUGAUUUUAAAAAUUAGCAGUGCUUCCACAAUACCAGGCGCUGAAGGGGAACAAUCAUCACACAAGGCAGAAAAAAAAAAAGUAUAUAACAGUAAUAAUAAUAAUAAAAGUAAUAACAGUAAUAAUAAUAAUAAAAGUAAUAAUAGUAAUAAUAGUAAUAAUAAUAAUAAUAGUAAUAAUAAUAGUAACAAUAGUAAUAAUAGUAAUAAUAAUAAUAAUAAUAAUAAUAAUAAUAGUAAUAAUAAUAAUAAUAAUAAUAGUAAUAAUAGUAAUAAUAGUAAUAAUAGUAAUAAUAGUAAUAAUAGUAAUAAUAGUAAUAAUAGUAAUAAUAAUAAUAGUAAUAGUAAUAAUAAUAGUAAUAAUAAUAGUAAUAAUAAUAAUAAUAGUAAUAAUAAUAGUAAUAAUAAUAGUAAUAAUAAUAAUAAUCCUCAGAGUAAAAAAACUAAAAAUGACUACUUUAAUGGAGAAGGAAAAAUGAAGGAACCGGUAGUCAAGUGGAAAAUUUCUAACUAUUGCGAAAGUGGAAAACUCGAGGAUCUACAUAAGGACAAUGCUUUUGGAGACGUUACUAAAACGUGCUUGAAGAAAUCAUUAAUAAGUGAAAGUACUGAAAAAAUAAGGAUGAAGUGCAACUCAAUUUUGAGUAGAAACCGUUACAAUAAUUAUGCACAUGAUCAUUUUUCAACAAGUUGUACUAUGGAAAAUGUAACUGACAACAUAAAUUACAAUAUAGGAACAGAAAUAAAAGUAAAUAAUUUUACAACAGCUAUAAAUAACGAAAUAAAUGAAAUAAAUUAUAAAGAAAUGAAUUCCUCAAAAAUGGAAAUGCAAAAAAAAAAAAAUUUUACAAAUAAUAAUGAAGAUUUAAAAAAUUACCUUUUCAGUUAUAACUUGAAAAGUAAUGUAAAUAAUUUUUUUAAUUGCAGCAACAAAAAUAAGUUGGCUACUUCUUUGUCCUAUGGUUGUGAGAAAACUUCGAAAAAUAUUUACACCUGUGAAUCGACAAAAGUUCUGAAUAGCAACUUUAACUGUGAAGUACAACAAGUCAAUCGGUCUGACACAUUUCACACAGAGAUACAAGGAGAAAUUACUGAAUCGUUUAAUUGUAAUUCCGAAGAUAUUCGUAGCAGUUCGUUUAGAAGCAGAGGGGAAAACCUUAUUCGUAAUGCACUUACUGUUAAUUCAAAAAUUGAUACCAGAAAAUACCUUACCAACAAUGAAAAUAAUAUAGGUAAUAUGGAGAAUAUGGAAAAUAGGAAUAAUCACCUAAUUGAGUGGUAUCCCGGAUUCGAUAUUCCAAUAGGAACAAAUGGAAGGGCAAUAUUACGAAAAGCUUUACAUCAAAAAAGAAUGACGAAUGUAAAGAAAUGUGAUGAACUUUUAUCAUCAAAUAAUUUAUUUCCCACUUCAAGAUCUACAUUUGGAGAUAUGAAAAUAAAAGACUUAUACAGAGCUGCAUAUAUAUUAGGAGUAUGGCAUGUGGCUGAGAAAUAUUGCCUACUAGCAUGUGAAAGGAAUGGAUACAAAAAGGAAUGGAUUUACAUGCUCAAAAAGAACGGUAUUAAAAUUACUAUUAAAGCUCUUAAAGAAAUCAGAAAUAAGCAUAUUCUUCAUAAGAAAAAAAUAGCAAAUGAAAUUAAAAAAAGAAAAUUUACUAAAUUGGGAAAAUGUUCAUUUCCUCCACCUCUAACAGUGGCAAUAAGAUGGAUAUCAUUUUUACUAAUAAUAAGAGGGACAAUGGUCAAAAUGAUUGCUUCCAAAAAUUAUAAUUUUAUUUCAUCCAUGGAUGCUACAAAGGGAGAGGAAAAAAAAUUAAAUAAUGAAAAAAAGCGUAUUAAACGACAAAAUGAGGGAGCGACAGAUAAUGCGGUUGGCGGAAGUACAAGGUAUAUAAGAAAGUACAAAAAAAGCAAAAAAGUUGAAAAUAUCAGGAGAAACAUAAUUCAAAAGGACAGUUCUGCUAUUAUGCCAGAAUUUUUUAAAAGUUGCACUAGCUUUUUGUCCACAUCUAAAAUGAAGAAUUAUGAAAACGAUGAUAAUAGUUAUAAUAAUGACGCUAUGAAUGAUUACAAUAACGAUAUGGGUGAUUACAAUAAUGAUAAGAAUGAUUAA